AUGGCCGCCAGCAUAUCUCAAACUUUAUACGAUUAUAAAAUUGAUCUCAGGGAGGCCAUACGAAAGGGUCAGAUAGUUCCAGUAGCCUUUGAAAAGUGCCCUUUGUGCUGCGAAAAGCGAGGGGCUUUACUCUGUGAUACAUGCGUGAACAAAGGACAGUUUACUCACACACAAAGACGAGACGGGAAAAGUUUUCUUGAUAAGAAGAAGGAGUGGGCUGCUAAAAAGGAGUACAGGGAUAAAGUAUGUCGGAG